AUGAAGAUCCUAAGCUGGAAUUGCCGGGGCUUGAGCAACCCGCGUGCAAUUCCAAAUCUACGUCAGCUCACUCAGAAGCAUCACCCUGAUGUUUUGUUUCUCUCCGAAACGUUGGCGAAAAAACAGAAGCUUGAGAGUGUCCGUGUCACUUUAAAAUUUGACUCUUGUUUAACCGUUGACGUCGUCGGAAGGAGCGGAGGUUUGGCGGUGUUGUGGAAAUAUACUGUUACGUGCAAUGUUGUUAACUAUUCUAGAAACUUUAUCAACUUAGUUGUGCAAGAUGAAGUGAAGGAGGAUUGGCGCCUUACUUGUUAUUAUGGUUUUCCGGAGAGACACCGACGAAGUGACGCAUGGAAUAUGUUGCGAGAGCUGCGUGAUUUGUCUAGUGCCCCUUGGUGUGUUAUCGGUGAUUUUAAUGAUCUUCUUUCACAACAAGAUAAGAUUGGCCUUCAUCCUCACCCGAAUUGGCUGUGUACUGGUUUUCGUGAAGCGGUUACCGAUUGCAAUCUUUUGGACCUUCCGUUAGAAGGCCAUCAAUUUACUUGGAGCAAAAGUCGAGGGUCUGAGCAUGCUAUUGAGGAACGCUUGGACCGGGGUCUCGUUACUCAAGAUUGGUUGGAUAUGUUCCCAGAGGCUAAAUUGUUUAAGUUGCUGGCUUCACACUCAGACCAUAGCCCCAUUCUGCUGCAAUGUGAACCACCCCAACCGUCACGCCGCAAGAAUUAUUCUUUCAGGUUCGAAAACGCGUGGCUGAAGGAAGAUGAUCUGAACGAUAUUGUUAGUAAAGGGUGGAAUUUUGAUGAACAAGGUGGAGUUCUAAAGCGUAUUAGCAAUUGUGCGGCGGAACUUUCGAAGUGGAAUAAGCUAAAGUUCUCUCAGCAGUAUAAAGAUAUUAAUCUCCAUAUGGCAGCCAUAGAAGCCGCUUGA